AUGGAAAUUAAUGCCUCAGAUGAUCUUCUGCCCAAUGUAACACUGGGCUUCAUCCUCUAUGAUUCUUGCUACAAUGAGGUUCGGUCAUUAACUGGUACAGCGUGGAUUUUAUCAGGAACUAAAAAUGGUGUUCCAAGUUUUAGUUGCAAAGAGGGUAAUAUGCCAUUGGCUAUUAUUGGUGAUAUGCCCUCGAAGGCCUCAAUACCUAUUGCCAGAAUCUUGGGAUUGUACAGAUAUCCACAGGUUAGCUAUGCUUCAGCUACGCCUUUACUGAGCGAUAAAACACAGUUCCCAUCCUUCCUCAGGACAAUACAUAACAGUUAUUAUGAAGGUUUUAUUAUUGCUGACUUAUUGAAAUAUUUCAACUGGACCUGGGUGGGGAUAAUAGUUUCAGAUAAUGACUUGGGAAGAACAGGUCUUCAAAUAGUAACAAGAGAGUAUGAGAAAAAUGGCGGAUGUAUUGCAUUUCAAGAGAUACUUCCUAUAUUUUCCUCUAUGAAGUCUGUUCUCCGCAUUGUUGAUGUUGUUAAAAAGUCCAAAGCAACAGUAGUAGUUUUGUUUUGCACCACAGAAAACCUUGUAUCUCUAAUGGAACUGGCUUCUUUUCACAAUAUCACUGACAAAGUGUGGGUGGCAACGCCCGGCUGGUCCAUUACUUCUGACUUCCCUAGGAGAGACAUUUUAACAACCUUAAAUGGGAGCCUUGGAUUAGCAAAUCAAAAUGGUAAAAUUCCUGGAUUUAAGGAGUUUCUUUAUAGUAUCCAUCCUUCCAUAUCUACAAAUGAUCCUUACAUGAAGACAUUUUGGGAGAAUGUUUUUCACUGUAUUUGGCCAGGAAAUGAUGCAGUCAAUAAUACAUCUCCAGCACUGCUUAAAGAAGACAUUGUUUGGUGCACAGGAGAGGAGAGACUGGACAGUAUUGAUCCCAAUAUAUAUGAUGUCUAUAACUUUAAAUACACAUAUAGAACACAUAACGCUGUCUUUGCAGUAGCUCAUGCUUUGCACCAGAUGAAGAACUGUGUCCCAGGGAAAGGGCCUUUCAAGAAUGGAUCUUGUGCUGAUAUUUAUAACCACCGGCCUUGGCAGCUGCUUCAUUACCUCAAGAGAGUUGACUUCAAAAACACUGCAGGGGAACGGAUAUUUUUUAAUGAGAAUGGGGAUGUCCCUGUCUCUGUGGAUAUUCUGAACUGGCAGCUGUUCCCUAAUGGAAGCAAUCAGUAUGUCUCUAUUGGAAGCAUUGACACCGGAGCUCCAAAGGGCAAAGUGUUCAGAAUUCAGCUAAAGGAGAUUUUAUGGAAUACAGGAAACAGUCAAGUCCCUGUCUCAGUCUGUAGUGAUCCAUGUCCCAAAGGCUACAGAAGAGCUGCACUUCAAGGGCAGAAGAUCUGCUGCUUUGAUUGUCUGCCAUGUUCUGAAGGAGAGAUUCUCAACCCAAAUGAUGACAGUGAAUGUCUCAAGUGCCCAGAAGACAAAUGGCCUGAUAGCAGAAAAGAAGAGUGUCUUCCAAAGCUCAUUCAGUUCCUUUCUUAUGAAGAGACACUGGGCUCUGCUUUAGCUUGUAUUUCAGUCUUGUUUUGUCUCCUUACAUUUUUGGUGUUUUGCCUGUUCAUAAUUAAACAGAAAACUCCCAUAGUGAAGGCAAAUAACAGAGAGCUCAGCUACCUACUUCUCAUCUCCCUCAUAUUUGGUUUCCUUUGUCCCUUGGCAUUCAUUGGCAGACCCAACCGGAUAAUGUGCAUGAUACGCCAGGUCAUGUUUGCUGUCAUUUUUUCACUUUGUGUUUCUACCAUACUAGCAAAGACUAUCACUGUCAUAAUGAUAUUUAGUGCUACAAAUCCAAACAGUAAAAUGAAUACAUUGGUAGGAUUCAGAAUACCUGUCUGUAUUGUCCCUGUAUGCACAGUGAUUCAGAUAAUUCUGUGCAUUGUUUGGUUGGCUCAAGCAGCUCCAUUUGCAGAGUUCAAUAUGGCAGCAGAAAUAGGAAUAAUAGUGAUUGAGUGCAAUGAAGGAUCCAGGGUGUUAUUUGCUUCUGUCUUGGGGUACAUGGGUCUCUUAGCUUCCGUUAGUUUAUUUGUUGCCUUUAUGGCUAGGAAGCUCCCUGACACAUUUAAUGAGACCAAGUUUAUUACAUUCAGUAUGUUGGUAUUUGCCAGUGUUUGGGUGACAUUUAUACCUGCUUAUCUCAGUACCAAGGGGAAACAGACAGUGGCAGUAGAAAUCUUUGCCAUUCUCUCUUCAAGUGCCGGACUUCUUGUUUGUGUUUUUUUUCCAAAAUGCUAUAUAAUAUUACUGCACCCAGAAAUGAACAGCAGAGAAUAUAUUACAAGGAGAAAUGCUAGAAGCCAGGAGACAUGA